AUGGUUGAAAGAGAGGAUGUGCCGAAAGAUUUUAUCAAGCUCAAGUCUGAAAAGCUGUCUGUAGAUGAAGUGUCAGAACUGGUCAUUUCACCAUGCUGUGGGGCAGUGUCUCUUUUCAUUGGUACUACGAGAAAUAAUUUUGAAGGGAAAAAAGUGAUUCGCUUAGAGUAUGAAGCAUAUGCUUCAAUGGCAGAGAUGGAAAUAAAGAAAAUCUGCAGAGAUGUUAGACAGAAGUGGCCAUCAGUCAAACAUAUUGCAAUGCAUCAUAGACUUGGCGUGGUUCCAGUAACAGAGGCAAGUGUAAUUAUUGCAAUCUCGUCUCCACACAGAGCAGAAUCCCUUGAAGCUGUAACACAUUGCAUCAACACUUUAAAAGCAUUUGUCCCAAUAUGGAAAAAGGAGAUUUAUGAGGACGAGUAUUCUUGGAAGGAAAACAAGGAAUGCUUUUGGACAAAUUCAGAAAAAUAACUGUACUCUUUUAUAAAUAAAGUGUUACUGCUCCUAAUGAGUAUUCUGUUCUAGCUUUGAGUUGUUCUUACAUAGAAUCUAUGUGAUCUUAAGCAAUUGUAAUAGGCAUUUCAAUCUGAAUAAUUUAAUCAGGACUGUAUGAAAUUAAUGAGCAGUAGUUAGGAUUUUCUUAAAGUGUUAAGUGUUCUUAAAUCCUUUGAAAACACGGAGUCAGUUUUUAAAACUAUCUUUCCUAAAAUUCAUGGCUGCAAGACAUUUAGUCCUCUGUGAUAUAUACUGCUUUAGUUCUUCUGUGUUUGUAGUCUUUGUUUGCUGUUUUCAUGGGAGGUCACAACAAGACAAUUGGAUACUAAUACUCUGCCAGCAACAAACUUGCACUAGCAAUAGCACAUAAACUUGUAUUCACCUAAUGAUGUCUAGACAUGAUUGAUUUUGAAGGAGUUUUUUUGGAUGUGUAAUUUUGUGAUUCUACAGGAAAAGCAUCCUCAAGAAUAAGUUUAAUUAGAUUUAGAAGUUUGACCUUAGGCAGGUUAGGAUGCAAUGUCAUCAGAAUGGAUUAGUUGUUCAAAGAAAAGUUAAAUCUAUUGCAUAUGUACAUUGCAAGGAAUUCACAGCUUAUAUAUGCCUUUAAAUUCACAUUUACAUUUUUAAUAGUUUUUCACUUAUGUUUUACAGUCUAAGAGAAAAGGACAGACAUAGUAUGCCUGUUCUUCCACUGUGGACAAUAGACUGCUUAUCUGAUUAGAAUUGUUUUCUUUAUAUUAUUCUGUACCGCAAAGCAUGGUAGAUGUUAAAAGUUCAAGGUGGCAUUGUGUGUGAUAUUUUUACUAGUGGCAAAUGGCAGAUUUAUCUAAUUGUUAUCGGUGUAGAGAAGAAAGGUAUUCUAAGAAAAGGGGAAUGCAGUUAAGUAAAAUCAUUUUUACUGAAGCUGAUAUAUCAUUUCAUAACACAAUACUUAAGCCUCAGCUGCAUGAAUCUGUUUCAUUGUGUCUGCAAUAAAAACCUUCACAGCUGCUAGCAGCACAAAAUGAAACUGGAAAAACAGGCAGUGAUCAUUUUCCCCAGUGAUGUCAGUCAUUUUUAAUGCUUAGUGAUGGUUACUGUACUGGGUUACAUAAACCCCAGAAAAGCAUGCAAUUUCAGGUAAACAGGUGGUUAAACUGGUUAAAGCUUUAUAGCUUGCUGCUGCACUUUCCCUCAGUGGGAGUUCUUCCUCUGCAGGACAGCAGCUGCUCCUUGUAUGCAUGUGUAUACACAGUCUUCAAACCAUGUUGGCUCUAUUAUCUAGGCAGAGCUGAACAAGUUGAAGGUUGCAUGGAUGUUGGAGAGAAGCCCUCUGUUAAUUUGAGUGUCAUUUUUGGUGGGAAUUGUAUGGAAUCCUGACUACAGAUCACUUCUUCAGACAAGUAAUUAUUUUUGUUGUUAAAAAAUAACAAAAAAAAAAACACCCCAAAAACCAAUAAAAA